AGCAAAAUCCAUUGCUGUGCUCUGCCCUGCAGCUUGCCCCCGUCCCAAAACCUUCACAAAGUCCCCUAAAUAUCCAUUUCUUGGGAAAAAUUCUCAAAAAAGAAGAUCAAGUGAAGGUCAAAAAAUGGCAGCUCUUGGUCUAUCUACCGCUUUCUCUCCUCCCAGAGGUUCCUGGGUAGCUGUCAGGAUCAGGCAGGGUGCUAGUAAUCCUGCAAGGAGCUACUUGUCCCCAGGGAGAAGGAGGAGAACGUCCUGCGCCGCCGUCGUUCGGGCCGAGGUGAGCUUCGUCGGCGGCGACGAGGCGAAGAGGCUCGUCACCGAGGAGGGGUACACGGUGCUGGACAUCAGGGACAGUAGGCAGCACGAGAGGGCGCACAUCAAGUCCUCCACCCAUGUGCCCCUCUUCAUCGAGAACCAAGACAACGACAUUGGGACGAUCGUGAAGCGGCAGUUGCACAACAACUUUGCCGGGCUGUUCUUCGGGCUGCCCUUCACCAAGCUCAACCCUGACUUCGCACAGACGGUGAAGGAGAAUUUCUCACCGGACAGCAAGCUGCUGGUUGUCUGCCAGGAAGGGCUCAGGUCAGCAGCAGCUGCAGAUGCACUGGAGAGAGAAGGCUUCCAAAAUAUUGCAUGCAUCACAUCAGGUCUUCAAAAAGUGAAACCAGGAACGUUUGAGUCCGUCGGGAAAAGCGAGCUGGAGAACGCGGGGAAAGCCGGCCUUGUGACCAUCCAAGGGAAGAUUUCAGUAGUUCUUGGGACUAUACUGAUAAGUGCCUACCUGUUUAUAACAUUCUUCCCGGACCAGGCUGAGAAGCUCUUUGAGUUGGCUGGUGUCAGUUUGUGAUCAGAACUGAUGCUCGUUCCUUGCAUAUUGGUACUCCAUUUGGGGGUACAUGUUUCCAUAGUCAGGUUGACUGUAUGAUCGAGUGGACUGAGUGAGAUGUUUUCAGGUCGAAAAGAAAGUUAGGCUCUAUGCGUAAUAUAUAGUGAUUUUUUUGACAAAUCAGCUUGUGUUUAUGUUUGAAACAUCAAACAUCCUAUUUCAAUUGUAUGUUUGAUUCAUAUACUUGUUUGUGUUAAUUCAUGGAAGUAUUAGGCCUCUGCA